CUCAAGUCUGGCUCAGGACGACACCGGACAAAUUUAAUAUUUAGUCACCCAAUAAAAUAAUACCGAUCCACAAAAAUGUUUAAACGAUUAACCCUUUUGGUAGUUUUCUUCUUUGUGAAAGCACAAACCAAAUGGGUCGGCUGGUCCGAGUGCCAUCCUUGGCGACGUGUUUUGCAAGAUUCGCCAUUUUACACGACCUUACCCGUGGCCCGACUAGCCGGUGAGUAUCGCGACAUCACCCUGUUACCCUAUCGCCGUUCGGACCUUGUAGCUUUUAGUGUCGCCCAUGUCAAGAUAAAUACCACUUUUGGGGCCAUCUUCCCCCAAAAUGUGAUCCCCAUGGGGUACGAGUGGAAAGGUCAGGAGAAAUGCUUGAUUCGCAGUGCACAGUUUAAGUUUCCUUCCAUUUCCCCAUCCGAUACGGCCCCAUUUAGGGUGAUGAAUGUGUCCAGGGUCCACCUCUUGGUGAAUGGGGAUGGGGAAGAAGCCACGUUUUUUGAGAGCAUUAAAUCUUGUCUCAAAACUUAACUUGUUUAUCCAUAUCCAGCAACUAAGCUUCAAGAAUAAAAUUCCAUUGUCACAAAAAACUUUGCGCGUGCUGAUUACGGUCAGUUUUCAGACGGUCCAAUCCUCUGUAUCUUUAUUGUCAAUUAAAAUCCAUGGAUGUUCAGAAAACCAUUUGUCUUGGAAAUUAUAAUUUAGGCCUCAAUUAAUGUAUUGCUUGGAAAUUUCCUGGCACGACCUCGUUAGGCUUGCCGAUUGUACAUAUUAGUUGCAAACAAAUUAAGUUUGGAAUUUUCUUGUCCACUGAUUUUUGUAAUUAACCACAUCGGUUUCAUGAUUUUAAUUCCUAGCCUGAUCGUUCUUUAGACAUUGUAAAUUUGACACAUUUUCAUUUUUUAGUAUGAUAGGUACAUCCUCAAUAUCAGAAGCAUUUCAUCCGGUGAUGUAAUUAGUGUCUAAUUAGUGUUCC